AUGUCCGAAAUUAUAUGUGUAAGCAAUGGUAAAGCAGAUCCGGAUGGCGGCACACAAUCUACUCAAUCGGCUCCAUCACCGGUGCCCACAAUUUCAUCACAAAUGUCACCGCCGACCACAUCGGCUCCACAGACAUCAACCAAUGGAUUAGCUCAACUGCCAGUGCCUACUAUAGAGACACCAAAACCCAUACUAAACUCAUCACAGUUACAGUCGAAGACCGAAGCGAAAGCAAUGGACCAAUUGGUGGCCAGUUUUCUCCAUUUGCCGGCGCCAACCAUUGCUAAACAAACCUUCGCUGAGUCCGCGCCCGCACUAGAGAUGCUUAGCGUCAAGACAUCGGCUCAACCGAUGAUUGAUGACGAAUAUUAUGCCAUGAAAUCAAAACCGCGCGGAUAUUGCCUUAUAUUCAAUUUAAUUAAUUUCCCCAACCAUUCGACUGAAUUUCCGUAUCGAUUUGGUUCUGAAGGCGAAGGCAAUCGGUUAACGGAAGUGUUCUCACAGUUGCACUUCGAGGUGAAUGUGUUCACCAAUUUUAGUAAGAAUGACAUCGAAAAUACUGUCGAAGAAUACUCCCAAAAGAAAGAGCUCUCAAAACACGACUGCUUUGUUCUCAUUGUUCUCUCACAUGGAGUGAAUGGAGGAGAAUUUGUCGAUGACAGAGACUAUGGCGUUGGGUGUGAAGUGCAGGCUUUAAGUGAGAAUUUGGAUUUCGAUACAAGUAUUGCCGACGAAGGAAACGAUCCAAAGGAUACAACUGAACCAAAACCUCCAGCGAAAGUGCCGACAGUUAGCGAUGUUAUGAUAUGCUAUUCAACUAUUGACGGACACGUGUCGUAUCGAAGUCCAGGUACGGGUUCGUGGUUGGGAAUGGCCAUCUCCAGUGUACUCCUUAAUAUGGCUCACGAAUUGGAAUUACCUAUACUUCUUACAAAAAUUUCGGAUCAUGUUUCAAAGAAAGAAAACAUCGAAGACGGGGGCAAACGAGUGGGCAAACAAGUGGUUGAAUAUUCCAUCGCCGAUAUGUCUACACCAUUGGCUCAGCCAUCGGUUCCAUCACUGGUGACCAUCAUUUCAUCACAACUGUCACCGCCAACCACAUCGGUUCCGCAGACAUCACCCAAUGGAUUAGCUCAACCGCCAGCGCCCACUACAGGGACACUACAAUCCAUGCCCAACACAAAAGAAGCACUUUGGGAAAAGACCGAAACGGAAGGUACGAGUAAAUUGUUGGCCACUUAUCCCCAAAGUACAAUCGAAGAGGAUGUCGCUCAACCCGUGUCCAACGAAGCGCUGCUUCACGUGCAGAGUUGUCCGCAACCAAUGAUUGGUCCCAAUUAUUAUGCCAUGGAAUCAAAUCCGCGCGGAUAUUGUCUUAUAUUCAAUAUAAUUGAUUUCCCCGAAGAGUCAAUAUAUGAAGAACGAGUCGGUUCUCAAAGCGAUGCCAAACGAUUGUAUCAAGUGUUCCAAGAGUUGCACUUUAAGGCCAAAGUGUUCACCAAUUCAUAUAAGAAAGACAUCAAACUUAUUGUUGACAAAUACUCUAAAAAGAGGCAACUUUUAAAACACGACUGUUUUGUCCUCAUAGUUCUGUCGCAUGGAAAGGAUGGCGGAGUAUUUGUCGCAUCUGAUGCCAAGUUUAUCGCAUAUAAGGAUAUUAUCGACAAAUUUAAUAACAAGAAUUGCAAAAAUCUCAUUAAUAAACCUAAACUAUUCUUCUUCAGCUGUUGUCGCGGAGGAAAUAGAGACUUGGAUGGCGGCCGCGAAGGGGUCGAAGCUUUUAGCGAUGGAUUGAAUUUAGAUUCGGUUACAGCGGACACAGAAAACGAUGGAAUGGACGCAACAAAGCCAACAAAAGUGCCAACAGUUGGCGAUAUUAUGAUCUGCUACUCAACUCUUGAGGGAAAGGUGUCGGGUCGGAAUAGAGAUUCGGGCACGUAUUUGGGCAUGGCCAUCUCCAAUGUGCUCGUUAAUCACGCACAUCAACUAGAGUUGUCUAGACUUCUUCCAAAAAUUUGCGAUUAUGUUUCAAAGAUUAACGGCAAACAAGUUGUCGAAUAUAUUUAUAGAGGCUUUAAAAAGCGAUUCCAUUUUAAUCCGUAUUAUUUUGCUACUAUUGAUACGCGUAGCGAAGACUAUGUUAUGCUUGGCGAACAGACGCGCCGCCAACCAAUAAUUGGUCCCGAAUAUUAUCCCAUAUCAUCCAAAACUCGCGGUUAUUGUCUUAUAUUCAAUAUCUUUGAUUUCCCAACACUUGUCGACAAAUAUCGCAGAGAGGGUUCCGAAAGGGAUGCCAACCAAUUGAAGCAAGACUUCCAACGUUUGCAUUUUGAAGUCGAUGUCAUCUCCAAUCCAAUUAAGAAAGAUAUCGAUUCUAAACUUGAAGAAUACUCACAAAAGACGGAACUCUUACAACACGACUGCUUUGUUCUCAUUGUUCUCUCACACGGAGUAAAGGAUCACUUUAUAUAUAAGGAUGACUUCGGAGUGGUUUAUGCAACGGGAGGGCCCGUCAAUGACGAGGACAUAGAUUGGGUUACUUCAGACGUCGGGCCUAAUGCUGAGAUCGAGCGCAUUCUGGCACAGAUGCCGACACUGAGCGAUGUUAUGAUCUGUUACUCAACUAUUGACGGAUUUCGGAACUAUCGAAAUGAAAAGAAUGGCAUUGGCUUUGGAACGGCUCUCUCCAAAGUGUUACGCAAAUGUGACCCUUAUAUUGAAUUAACAGACCUUCUUAUAGACGUAAAUAUGUGA